AAAAAAAAAAAAAAAAAAAAAAAAACUAUUUAAAGAUGAUUAUGAUAAGGAAACUUCUGUCACUGGUUUCAACUGAUUAUAUUACAUGUACUGCCACGCCAAAGUUCUCAGCUGCUGCUUUCAUACUACAAGACAGUCCACAUAAUUAUCUGCUCUCUCAUUAAGCAAACAAGAGAAGCAACAAUUAACUUCAAAUCAAAUGGCCACUUUUGUUUCUACGGAGACCCCAGUUCUUUAUGGAUCACCUCCAUCUCCUGUCAUGCCUACACCAUCUUCCAAACUAUCCAUCUCCCAUCAGAUCGGGAUUGCGAUCCUGGUCAUUGCAUUUGUGUUUGGUUUUCCUGGCAACCUGUUUGUGGUGUGGUCGGUCCUGUGUCGAGUUCGUCGCCGCUCUGUCACCUGCCUGCUGAUUCUGAAUCUGGCUGUGGCUGAUGCGCUGGUGCUCCUGAGCGCGCCACUGUUCAUCAGGUUCCUCUCCCAGAGCACCUGGGAGUUUGGCACCACCCUCUGUAAAACGGUCCAUUACCUGUGUUGCGUCAACAUGUACUCCUCAAUCUACCUUAUUUGCCUGAUGAGCAUGGACCGCUGGCUGGCCGUCACAAAGCCGUUUCUGUCUCAGAGAUUGAGGACAAAGAAAAGGCUCCUGUCUGUCAUGUUGGGCAUCUGGGUGAUGGCUUUUCUGAUGGCUUUGCCCAUGCCGUUCUAUCGUUCCUCGCUGAUGGUCCGUCCAAAUGUGUAUAUAUGUAUGCCAUACCACUGGAAAGACAGCGCUCAUGAAAUCUUUCAGUACCUGUGGGAGACUGUGCUGGGUUUCCUGCUGCCCUUCACCUUCAUCCUGUUCUGCUAUAUCUCUGUGAUCUGUCGGCUGCGUAGCGCCAUGUUCCAGCGCAAAGGAAGAGGAAACUUCCUCAUUCUCCUCAUCAUCGCUGCUUUUACCCUCUUCUGGCUGCCGUAUCACCUAAUCAACAUUCUGCAGGUGAUUGGUCUGAUGCAGAACUCCACUUCUGUUUUAAAAGUGGCAAAAGUGGCCCGUCCCAACGUGACGGCGUUUGCAUUCAUGAGCAGCAGUGUAAACCCCGUCCUGUAUGUGUUUGCUGGCAGUUCUCACAUCCGUCAAGCUGGUCUGGGCUUCAUGGCCAAACUCUUUGAAGGAACCAACUCGGAGUCAGGCUCCACCCGCACCAGGUCCAGCCGUGGAUCUAAUGCAGAGAGCUCUGUUUUUACCAAGCUGUCUGUCAAGCUGGGUCGUAAAGGGGACGGAGCAGGAGCUGACCCCCAUGAGGAGACCAUGGCAGACUUGAACAACAGAGAUGAGAUGAAGACUCUGACCACCCUGCAUUAAAGUGCUCACAUCAUGCUUUCAUUCCCCUGAAGUCCAUUUAUAAUGUUAGAUCAGGUUGUUGGACUCCCGUUAUCCCACUGAAAUAAUAACAUCAUCUUCUGCUGCUGCUGUUUCAGAAUAAACGUAUCUUUAUUUCCUCUGUCUAAA